UUGGCCGCCUGGUCUCGCCCAUGUCUGCAGACGCAGGCGCCAUCGAAGCCUCGUAGCCACUUUCACUGCCAAUUUGGACCCGGUGCGGUGAGCCGGCGUCACGAAGCGCGCUCUGGAGCGAGCGCACGUGCGCCUCGAGCCGAAAGACAGCUGCCCGAUGAGCCUCGAUCUCGCCGGUCAGCUGAUCGUUGAUGCCCUGCAGUGUCUCGUUCUCCAGCUGCAUCCGCUUAGCCAUCCGCCGCUCCUCUUCCAACUCGACAUCCUUCCUCCGCAGCGCUUCACGCGCACAUCCUCAUCUGGAUCCGCGACCUCAACAUGACCACCGAGGCGUUUCAGGCGCAACUCGCAGAGGAGCGCAAUAGGGCAAUCAACCACGUCAUCAGGCAGCAUCCACACGUUGUGCCUCUGUCAGGCAUCCUUGCAACAGACCCAUCCAUUGAGGUCAUGUUUCGCUUUCUCGAUCACGUCCCUCCCUCUGGUGCAUCCUCAUCGCCGGCGCCUCCUCCCGAGCCCGAGCCCGAGCCCGAGCCGGAGCCCGAGCCCACCCCCGAGCCUGAGCCCGAGCCCGAGCCCACCACCGAUGCUGCCGCUCCCACCGACGCUGCCGCUCCCACCGACGCUGCUGCUUCCGCCGACGCUACCGCUCCCACCGACGCUGCCGCUCCCACCGACGCUGCUGCUCCCGCCGACGCUGCCGCUCCCACCGAUGCUGUCGCUCCCACCGACGCUGCCGCUCCCACCGACGCUGCCGCUUCCACCGAUGCUACCGCUCCCACCGACGCUGCCGCUCCCACCGACGCUGCUGCUCCCGCCGACGCUGCCGCUCCCACCGAUGCUGCCGCUUCCACCGACGCUGCUGCUCCCACCGACGCUGCCGCUCCCACCGACGCUGCCGCUCCCACCGACACUGCCGCUCCUACCGACGCUGUCGCCCCCACCGCUCCCGCCCCCACCGACGCUGCCGCCCCCACCGCUCCCGCCGCCGCCAUUGCCACCGUCUUCGAGAUCGAUGAUUUUGGUGUGGUGCCAUACUACUUACCAGGCGCCCCUGUCGUUCUCUUGCGGACUACGAGCUUGCCGACAGAGAGACCACCGCCUGCCGUCGACGCCUUGCCGAGACUCGCCCGCCACACCUCGUCCCCGAUCGUGGCUGACCCGCAGCCACAGGUGAGCGACAGUGGCUUUGCCGCUGACUUCUUUCGCUAUGCCUCACGUGGCGUAUGGCACGCCAAUCCUCUCUCGCUUGCCACUCUGGCCUUUAUCGAGGACACGUUCAACGGCUUCCCACCCCUGGUCUGCGGGCACGGCGGCUCAUGCCCCGGCCGUGUAAGCAAGUUCGUCGCUGUCCCCGCCAGCACCGACGCCUACUCCCGGCCGUCACGCAACGCAACUGAGCCGCGCCUUGUCAAGUGUCGUGCGUGCUCAUCCUUGUUUACCGUCUCACGCGUACUCGACAACAUCGCCGAGCACGUCAUCAGCAACUUCAAAGAGUGCGUCGGCCCCCUGGAACUGGUCGCCGAAGACUUGAAGUCGGAAAAGCCCAUGUCAGACAUCGGUCCUGAACUGCGCCUCGAGCCGCGACCCGUAGUCACCACACCCUAUCGUGCCACUGGCACGUGCCCUGCUUCGGCCGAAGACCUCGCCUUUCUGCUGUAUCUGCAGUACUUGCUCUUGUCCGUCAACACCCAUGCCUGGACACAUCGUGCCUCUUGCUUCAAGAGAAGGCAGACCACUCGCGGCCAGGCCACCGACCCAACCUGCCGCUAUCGCAUGCCCCGCGAUUCCCAUGCCAAGACUAUUGCCAAGGGACUCGAUCUGUCCGAGCAUCCGUUCCUUGACAAGUCGUUUCACCUCAUUCACGCGCGACCUGCCGACUCGCGCUGGCUCAACGCGUACCAUCCGGCCCUCACCUACAUCUUCCGCUCCAACACCGACGUUCGCCUGCUCCUAUUGUCGGGCUCUGUCAACUGUGUCUACUACGCUGCAAAGUAUGCUUUCAAGCUCUACAAUGGUCCCACUGCCCGAGACUCGCUCGCCAUCGCGUCCUACGCGAACAAGAAGGCCAGCCUAGCUCAUGACAUCGACAUCACCCGAAAGCAGAGACUGGCUCGUUGUCACGCUUCUGUCGUCUACGCCAAGACAUCGCAGUGCGAGGUCCCAGCCACUCUUGCUGCCUUCAUCCUCCUCAACGGCAACGAUGUCCUCCGCUCGCAUGACGUCCGAGUCGUCUACCUCCCCACCCGCUUCAGGCGCCUCUCCGAUGCCAUCGCGCGUCGCCUCGCGCGCGCUAAUGCCAUGCUCCACCGGGCCGAGCAGCCUGUCCACCCUCGGCGCGAUCCCGAGCACGCUGUCGCUGACGAUCCCGCUGUCAACGACCUGCCUGACCUUACUCUCAUCGGCAACGCACCCGCACCCCGCGCCGACACUCAGACCGCCGACCCAGUCAUCUUUUCGCUCGGCACCAAGUCGCUGGUCGACGACUACGUCUUCCGCGAUCCGCUUCUCGCUCACUUGCCGCUGGACACCUUUUGCCGCCUGUUUGACAAACGCGUCUUGCCCUCACGCCUCCGCACCGUCACCAACUCCAUCUGCGAGCUGAUGACCUCGACCAACGACGAGUAUGACGACGCCUACAUUGCCCACCUUAUCGCCGACAUCAAUCGCCACGGCUUUGCCUCUGUCUCGCGUAUGCACGCGAACAGGCGAGGUCACGGACGCAGCAGCAGCGCCAACGCCGCUGCCCAGUCUCAGCCGCCCCCGCUGGCAGCUGCACACUUCGACCACGACACACUCUUAGAGUUCCCACGAGGUUGGAUCUUGUUCAACUCGUCCCACCUCCAGUUUGCCACCCAUGGCCUCCGCCGGCGAACCGAUCGCGCUGUCGCCACUACUGUCGUUCGUCCAGUUGGCCCUGCCCUGUCCUUCAAGUGGCGCUUGCAUCCCGACGCUGAUACCACCGACGAGGACGCCAUCCGCUUUUCAGCCUUGGUUGUCCUCCGCUGGCUUCCGCAUGCUUCCUCAGACAAUGCCCUUGAUAUCCUCUUCUCUUACAUCGACCAGCUCCUGCCCCCUGGCGCCGCCAUCUCACCUCUCGAUCUCGCCAAUGCCGCCAUCGCUGCUCUCAACGACUACGCCACCUCUGCCGGCCGCUUUGCCUCGCUUGUCCCGCCUGAUCUCGACCGCCCAGACCUUCGCCUCCCCUCUGUCGCCGUCUGCUGUCGCGACGCUCUCCGUCGUCUGGCGUUCGCCCAUGACCGCACCAUGGCCAAGCUCCAUGAAGCCUCCGGCAUUGGCGCCACAGCCAACAACCCACUGCCCCCACCUGCAAAGGUCGACGUCGACCGGUCGUCUGCCUCUGGUGGCAUCCCGACAUCCGCGCUUUCUCCUGACGAUGUCGAUCAGUUGGUCCAUGCCUCCAUUGCUACCCUUGACACAGCCGCCCAUCUCACCCAACAAGGCCCGGAUACCGAACCUACCGCCGCCAACGUCCUCGCUGCCAUUCCUGCCCCGGUCGGCGUCUCUGCCGCUAUGCAGGAGCGCAUCGGCGUCACUGACUUUGACAACGUCAUCGCUGCCGGCCCCGCUACCGCUGCCGCAGCAACGCCAGUUGCUGCACCUGCCGCAACCGCCGCAGGCUACUCCACGAUCCCCAUGCGGAGCGUUCGCGGUCUCACCAAGGACAUCAACAAAGGCUUCAAGGACGUGAACAAGCAAGCCAUCGAAGCGGUCGUCGGCGCUCCAACCCCUGACCAUCCAGCUCUCCACCCCAACCCUGCCGCUCGCAACCAUCCCAUGCAGCAGUGGACGCCACGCGUGGCUCUCGAACGUGUCCAGCUCAUCGACACCACCAUCUCCUCCUCGCUGGGCACCGUCGACUGGCUGCGCCACUCUCAUACCCUGCCGUUCGACCUGCGCGAACCCUCGAACACGGCUGCUCCCCAACCCGACCCUGGUCGCUCGCCAAACGUCCCAGAGCAACCGUCUUUCGGCGCUGCACUCCCUAACCGCGCCUCCAUCGCCUACAUCUCUGCCGACUUUGCCCUCAACUUCCUAGUCAUCGCUGGCUCGGCCCUGCUCUACUCGCUUCGUACUUCUAUUGUGGAUGCAGCUCCCCAGUUUGCCGCUGGUCUCCCACGUCUCGACGACCUCCCCUACCCUCACCAGGAGAACAUGAGGCCCGGCCAGCUCGCUAUGUACUUGAGUGGUGCCGGAGGCUGCGGCAAGUCACACUGCAUCAAUGCCCUCAAGGCUCUCUCUCGCUCUUGGGGCUUGUCCAACGGCGUCACUACAUCCGCUCCCACCGGUCUCGCCUCCACUCUCAUCGAUGGCCACACCGUCCACUCCUUGUACUCCGUUCCCAUCGGACAUCGCAAGGCCACUUGGAACAACUCGCCCUCACCACUCACCCCCUACCUCCGCGCCGCACACAUUCACGUCAUCGACGAGGUCUCCAUGCUCUCCAUCACAACCCUUACCUACAUUCACUGCGCCUUGUGCAAGGCCAACGAUAUGCCUCCCUUUGACUCCAACACCCCUCUCUUCGGCGGUGCGAACGUGGUCUUUGUCGGUGACCUCGCUCAGCUCGCCCCAGUCCUCGCCCACCCUGUCUACAUCCAUUUCGAAACCUACCUCAGCACCAGACAGCGCGCCCAGCGCGCCGCUCGCCUACACAAUGCAACCACAGAAUUCGAAGACAUCGGUGUCAACCUCUGGGCCGCUGCCUCGGCUGCAGUCGUCAUCCUUAAGAUCAACAACAGAGCCCGCAGCGACCCAGCCUUUGGCCAUCAACUCGCCAUCGCACGCAACGGCAGCUUCGCCCCAAACGGCUCCGUCGCCAACCUCAUGCGCAGCCGCACCUUCGCCACCGCCGCCGGCCGGGCGAAGGCUAUCGCAGCCGCCCUAACAACUGCCUCUGCCCUCGACACUCGAAUCAUUGUCUGCUCGAACGCUGCUCGCGUUGCUUGGAAUACCACCAUUUAUGCUCGCAUCGCCGCAGGUGCACACGCUGCCGAAGCCCCGCCGCCGAUCAUGGUUGAAGCCGUCAUCUCCAUCGCUUGCUCCCCACCUCGCGACUCAACCCGCAACCUUCUCCUUCGCCUUCCCGGCUCAAGCGCCACUUGCUACUACGACAUGCGUGUCCUGCUCGCCAUCGGAACUCCCGUCAUGUUCAUCGACAACAUCGCCACCUCCGCUGCCAUCUGCAACGGCACAACUGGUAUCGUCGUCGGCGUCGUCUUCCCUGACAACGUCACAUUCGCUCUCUACGUCGCCAUGUCCAGAGCACGAACUCGCAGUGGCCUCAUCUUCUUCCAGUCGCCCACAUUCAACUAUCUCAACCGCCUCAAGUUGCCUGACAACCUCAAACGCGAGUUGCAGCGCACCACAGCCAACGACGUCGCCCCGCCACUCACGCAGUAG